AUGGCAACUUCAACGAUAUUUACCAACGGUCGUAUCCUGACCACCACCCAGGCUGGGCUGGAGACACAACCAACCUUUGCCAACUCGAUGCUGAUUGAGGGGAACAAGAUCGUCGCCAUCGGUUCCCACAAUGAUGUCGUCUCGCGAGCUUCAAUCAACGUGCAAGUUCGGGACUUGGAACAAAAAACGGUCCUUCCGGGUUUCAUUGAUGGGCACAUGCACCUACUUCUACUGGGGCAAUCUCUUCGAAAGCUGGACCUGGUGCACUGCAAGGACGUUGCAGACAUUCAGUCCACCAUCAAACGCUAUGCCUCAGAAAAUCCACAUUUGCCGUCCAUCAUGUGCAAGAAUUGGUUUCACUCCAUGACACCAAAUGGGGUAUCAGCAAUCAUGUUGGAUAGCAUUGACCCUAGGCCCAUCUUUGUCGAUAACAGCACCCUUCACUCCGCAUGGUGCAACACCGCCGCCCUCAAGGUCCUUGAUAUUCAAGAUACCCCUGACCCCGCGGGUGGCAAGAUCCAUCGUGAUAGCAACGGAAACCCAUCUGGAGUAUUGGAUGAGGGUGCCGUCAUGUCAAUCAUCUGGCCUUUCCAGGCUUCGUCAUCCCCCAAGCCAGAAAGAAUAGACGCCAUCCGCGCCGCCGUCAAGGAAUACAACGCGGCCGGAUACACAGGCAUAGUGGAGAUGGCUAUGGACGAAGAGGCAUGGGAUGCGCUGGUCACCCUUGUCGAUGAGCAGCCAGAUCUUCCUACCCGUGUCGCCGCAUACUGGCUGAUCAAACCUACUGCAGACGUCGAAGCCAACUCCAAGCAGGUCAAGAGAGCGAUUGAGCUCAGCAAACUAUACAAUGCCGAGAGGAACCCGGAUCUACGGAUUGUGGGAAUCAAGUUGAUUUGUGAUGGCAUCAUUGACGCCUGCACGGCGUUCCUCUCCGAACCAUAUGCACUAGCUGGACUUCCACCUCCCGUCUGGCUGCCUGAGCACAUCGAGCCAGUGGUGAAAGAGGCCGACGCUGGCGGCCUCCAAAUUGCUCUGCACGCCAUUGGCGACGGCGCCAUCAAGAUGGCCAUUGACGCUCUCGAGAAACACACCACCCCCGGCCGACGGCACCGCAUCGAGCACCUGGAGCUUGCUUCCCCGGAAGAUGCCAAGAGGCUGGGCCGCCUCGGGCUCACAGCAUCCAUCCACCCUGUCCAUGCUGAUCCGUCCAUCCUGACCGCGUGGCCGCGUUUGCUCGGCGCCGACAGAUGCAAGCGCGCAUUCGCCUAUCGGGAGUUUGCGGACGCUGGUGCCCUCAUGGCCAUUGGCAGCGACAGCCCGACAUCACCUUGGGCGCCAAUGAGCAACUUGUACGUCGCCACCACCCGCAAGUCAUCGAGAAAACCGGACUUUGAAGGGACGGUCAAUGAGCAUUUUAAGCUGGGCGUCUGCGAGGCUAUUGUGGCAGGGACGACGGGGUCGGCAAAGAGUGUUUUCUCGGAGGAGAGAACCGGCAGUCUAGGCGUUGGCAAGAUGGCGGAUUUUGUGGUGGUGGAUAUAGAAUGGAAUGCGAAUGAACUGCUCAAGGCUUCUGUUCAAGAGACGUGGUUUAGUGGUAAGCGAGUGUGGGAAUUAGAAUAG